AUGGCGACGACUCUCGAAGGCCUGAAGAAGGAGUUUGCCGAGAGCGAGGGCUUGCCACAGUCACUAGCAUCAGAGGACACGGUUUUCUAUAGCCUGCAUUGGCUGCCGUCGAACUCAAACUCUGGGCAUGACGACGAUGGGACGAUUUGGCAGCUCAAACUGCUCGCUGUGAUCUCAUGGGCCGAGAAGGAGUCGCAGGCGAACGGAUGGAUAUGGCACAAGGACAGCUUUCAGCUCGCGAUCUGCUCCGACCUCGUCACGACAGAGCAUGCCACUGCCGUCCAUCCCCAAGAAACGGCCCUUGCUUCCGCUUCUACUGCCCCAAGCUGUUCCAACCUCUCCCAAGGAAGCUCAUACAGGUAUCUGUCGGGCCAGACUCGCAUCGGCAGCUCCCUCUUUGAUGAAUACUACCUGCUCUAUUUGCUCCACAAGUUAUCUGUGGCGAAAUUUGGCGAUGGCCAAUGGGCUAUCACGAUCACCGACCAAGAUGGACAAUUUAUGCUCAUCGAUGCUGCUGAAGCUGGUCUACCCAAGUGGGUCAAACCCGAAGUCAUGGACGGUCGCGUUUGGAUCGUCAAGGGCGAAAUCCAUCUCGUGCCACUCAUGCACCCCAUUCCUCACGAUGGCAAAGGCAAAGAACGCGCGCAGGAUAAUGUCAUCAUGCCAUGGCAAGCGCUUGCAGUGAUUGUGGAUCCUCUGCUGCCUAGUCGUGCCCCUCGCUCUGUCGAAAGAGAGAUCUUUUCACACAUUGCCAACUUUCCUGACAGGAUCCUCAAGGAGCAUCUCCACACGACCUCUGCUUACUUGCCUACACGCCUCGCGCAAGUGUUCGCGCAAGGGCCAGACUUCGUUGCGCUGGCCUCGAAUACAUUCUACGGCCGCGAGCCGAUAGGCCAAGAAGCUCGCUGGCUAGAGCGUAUGCAACAUCUGCCACCGGACUCUAUGCCGGGUCUAUCCAGGUCGGCCUCCUUACCGGAGAGCGUGCAGUUGUGCAAGAUCCAGAUGACUCGUCCACUCUUUGCGCAGCUCGUUUGUCAGCAAUUCGAUGCCCCCGCUGUGUUUGCGAGUCGCGGAUGGUCACCGACUGUCGCUAAGCCGAACGCGGCACAGGUCCAGGAGUUGCGCAGGAGGGAAGUAGGCAUGAAGCUCACUUGCGGCUUCGAGCUCGUGCUGCAAAGAGCACAAAAGCUCAUGGACGAGCAUCCGAUCUCCUAUGCUGUAGGCGAAUCAAGUAUGCAAAGUUGGCAGCAGGCAAUAUCCGUUAGCGACCACGCGACUUCAACAUUACUAAUGAGACGAGCGAGGCGACUGCAGCUAUUCGCUAACAGUGACGCCACGGACAUUCUCAGCGAGAUUGACGACGCUCUCCUGUGCGAUGCGAGCGAGCUUUUCGCGUCGUCGACAUCUACACGGGUAGCUCUCACCACCGAUUCGCUUGCAGAAACUCCGGAAUCAUGGCUGGACGUCGAUCCAGAAGGCCUCGAGGCUCUGCUCGCCUCCAAGCUAGCAGGUCGCACGGGAGGCGACGAGGAUGGCGUGGACGAAGACGAAGUACUGGCGAAUGCUCAAGCUGAGCGUUUGACCGGUAUGGCCGAAAAGCUUCAUGCCUUUAUGGACGGCAAAGGCGGCGCAGAUGGUGCAGAGCUCGACGACGAGAUGUCGGAUGACGAGGAGGAGCUGAGCGAUAGCGAAGAGGAAGAUCCGCCUUACAAGAACGAUCCGGAAUUGCUCAUUCCUCCUCUGCCAGACGGUGAAUGGGGCCAGAAGUCCGGCCCAGUCAAAGCAAAGCCAGACGCGAUCAUGCAAGAACAGAUAGCUGAACCUGUGACGAAGAAGCGGGCUGUGUAUUCGGACGAGAGCGACGAAGAUGAAGCUGAAGAUCAAGAUCUGGAAGAUAUCAAAUUCACUGGUAGCCAGUGGAAUGACGAUGAGGAUGACAUAGCCAUGGAAGGCGAGCUGGACGACUUUCUCGAGUUCACGCGGCAAGCCUUAGGUCUCAGUGACGCCGAGUAUAAGGACAUCAUCGCUACUCGGCAGCGUAACGGCGCCCAUGUGCCCACACAGCCGAGCGCACCCUCCAGACCGCCGCAGCGUCAGCCUCCAAAGCGCACUGUCAACUCGCAAGCUCAAACGCAAGCCAAGUCGAACGGUGAACCUGCCAAGAACGCCAACCUGGCAACGUUUGACGAUGUUAUGGAUGCAAUGGACGCUCACCUCGCUUCUGCUCGCAAGCCUAAGCCGGCGCCUGUCCAAUCAGACUCAGAAGAGGAAGAGAGCGAGGACGAGAUGAUGGCGAUGGAUCGAGAGCUCGCGAAGCAUCUCAAGACGGAAGUCAAGGGCAAAGGUCAAGGACAGGAAGAGUACGCGAUGAUUCAGAACUUCCUAGAGAGCUUCAAAAGCCAGGGAGGCUUAUCUGGACCUGCGAGCAAUUUACUGGGACGUCUCGACCCUACCUUUGUCAUGCCGAGAGAUCACGAGUAG